AAUAUAUGGUGUGUCCAGAGUAAUAACCUCAGUCCCCUGUUACAGCCUACAGAUGUGGAGCAGAGAGUGGAGACUGAACCCAUACUGAUCAAAGAUGAGGAGACAGCAGAGGACGUGUGGAAGACUGACCCUCAGGAAGAGCUCAGGGUCACUGGAGAGGAGUCUGGUUCCAAGCCUGGGAAACCACCAUCCUUUGAACAACGGCACUGUGAUGAGGACUUCAUCACACAACCCAACAUAUCUCCUGAAGACUCAGUGGAACAUUACCGCAAUUCUGAUCGUCCAGAGGAACCAGGCACUCCCCGCCUCGUGUCUACAGAGGUGUUCAGCACAGAGCAGCACCGGCCGGACGAGGACUCACUAGAGUUAGUGAUGAUGAAGGAUGAGGAGCUGGAUGAGACCACGGCCCUGGCAGGACCUGACCAGUUUGUCAUGGAUGAGACUGAUGGGCAGCUGUGGAACUCUGUGGAUCCAGGCAGAGACACUGACCCUGAUGGCCACCCAGAUUUCUCCUUUCAUGCCACAAAAGAGUACUCUCAGAAUAUCUCAAUUUUCCCAUCUCAUAGUGGGCUGCCAUCUGUUCCUAAUAUGACAGAUGAUGUAGAGCCAUCGCGUCACUCUUCUUUAUGGAAACCACAUGCUAACAUGUUCAGUGCAGCAUCACACAUGACAAGACAUGUCAGUACAUUGGCUGAUGAGACUAGACAACAGAUGCCAGAGGGACAGAGCAGAGAGAGGCUGAACUCAAAUAAUGACACAAAUAGUUUUGCUUUACAGCCAAGGCAGCAUCAAUACAGGGCUUCAGAAUCAAGAGUGAGAUUGAGUGAGUGCAAGACGGCGUCAAACACGGCCACCACCUCCACCUCUGGAAACAGCCUGAGUCGCAGUAGUUUUAACAUGGUGAAGAGAAUGAGGACUCAGUGGAGGUCGGGCGGCACCACCGAGAGGCGUUUCAGCUGCACCUUCUGUGGGAAGAGCUUCCAGCGUUUCUGCCAGCUCAAAGUACACCUCCGGAGUCACACCGGAGAGAAGCCAUACACCUGUGAACAGUGUGGCAGGAGUUUCACCAAGCAGUGCAACCUGAUCAGACAUGCUGUGGUCCACAGCGGGGAGAAGCCCUACAAAUGCACACAGUGUGGGAAAUGCUUCCCCCAGCGUUCCGGUAUGAAGUCACAUCAGAAAACUCACAUAGGAGAGAGUCCAGUGUCUCAAGACGUGGUACCCGCAUACCCUGGGGAUCCACACACAAGUUUAAUGUUGCCUCAGACCAGAUGGAACAAAUAGUUAAUAAUUGCAUUGUUUUUUUUGUAACACUUUCUAUGUGAAAAAUGUGGUACAGAAGGUUUUCUGAGACAUUUUGACAAGCUUUCCUCCUAAUUGAUUUGUGAAAUGGUUUUCAUGUUUGACUGUUGACCGCUUUUAUUUUAACAACCUAUUUACAACUGGUAAAGUGUUUUUUGUACCAUAAAAUCAUAAAAAAUCAUGUUAUAUUCAAUACAAUUGAUUUAAUGAAAGAAUCCAUCUGUACUUUUAGAUCAAUAUUAUACAGUUGCGGCCAAAUAUAUUGUCACCCUUGCACUUUUCCCAUUUCUUAUAAAAUAAGUUGAAAUUGAACAACAAAAUGUUUGUUCACCGCACCUUGUUAUUGGAUUUUCAACAUUGCAGAACCAAUUUUAUUUUUGUAAACUUAAGUUUACAAUUUUAAUUCAGAAAAUAAAGACAAAUGGCAUAGAUACAAUUAUUUGCACCCUGGAGCUAAUACUUGGUUACACAGCAUUUGGCCAAGAUAACUGCAGACAAACGCUUCUUGUAGCCAUUAAUGAGCUUGCUGCACCUUUCCACUGGCAAUUUGGCCCACGUUUUAGCAGAAAACUGCUCUAAUUCUUCCAUUUUUGAGGGUUGCCCUCCACUAACUGCUGUUUUCAGAUCUCGCCAUAGGUUUUGGAUGUGAUUCAGAUCUGGACUCUUUGCUGGCCACUCAAACAGUCCAGCAUCUCUUGAACCAUUCCUGGGUGCUUUUUGAUAUGUAUUUGGGGUCGUUGUCCUGCUGGAAGACCCACAACUUUCAACAGAGAUCCAGUUUUUGCACACUGGGUUGAACGUUGGACUCCAAACAUCUGAUAAUCGGCUUAAUUUCAUGAUGCCUCGCGCAUGUUCAAUGCCCCCAAUACCAGAGGCAGCAAAGCAACCCCACAGCAUUAUCAAACCUCCCCCAUCUUUGAUCGUAGGGAGGGUGUUUUCUUUUCAUAUUCUAUCAUGCAGCUCAAUCGACACUACUUGCUAUCUUCUUCUACACACUAGCUAAUAUGCACCAGCCUGUACUGUUGACACCAGGCAGGAUGGGUCCAAAUCCUGACCUC